UUUUUUUUUUUUUUGCGAAAUGUCCUUCACGAUAAUUGCCCUGUUGUCCAACGUUUUAAGCGCCCGGCCCGCGUUUGCUUCCGACCCACAAUUUCUAUUCAGUCACUUCGUCUUUGGCGCGCGAUGGCGGGAUGGCUGCAAUUAGUGACUUUCACGGCCAUUGCUUUAAUUUCCGCUCUUAUCCCUUCCCUGGAAACGAGCACUUGCGCAAUAUACCGUGAAUCUACUCUUGGGAAUGCGUUAUUUAUAACGGCACAUCCUGACGAUGAAACCAUGUUCUUUGCACCAACUAUCUUGUCGCUCGUAUCUCAAAACGUCUCGGUGGAAGCUCUGUGUCUUUCGAAUGGUGAUUCUGGUGGCCUAGGAUCUAUGCGGGAGCGUGAAUUAUACGAAGCGUAUUCAAUUCUGGGUGUUGAAAACGUCCGGAUUCUGGCCCACCAGCAGAUACGCGACAAUAUAACCCUACAGUGGGACAGUAAACUUCUGGCUGGUAUAAUUCAGCAUCACUUAGAGCAUCACAAGAUCAGUACGAUUUUCACAUUUGAUGAACAAGGGGUGUCUGGACACCCAAAUCAUGCCGCAAUUCCCAAGGCUCUGGCUCUUGUCAUCAAUUCUGGUGUUUACCCUGGAAUUAAAGCUUACUCCCUUGUGACCCACCCAUUGCCAAUCAAGUAUUCCGGAAUCGCAGCCCCUCUUUUGAUCCGCCUUUCCCACGUUGUUGGCUGGGGAAAAGAUACUUGUGUUCUAGCAAGAACUCGAGUUUCAAACCUGGCCGGCUACUUAACCACUUUACGCGCCAUGAGGAAACACGACACCCAACUUGUAUGGUUCCGAUGGCUCUACUUGGCAUUCUCGCGAUACAUGUGGGUAAAUGACUGGGCGCCUCUGCAGACAGCGUAGAAACCAGACCUUCGCAUGCUUCCCUUGGUACGCCGCGUGCCCAAUGGAAAUUAUGUGACUGUAAAAAGUGACAGGAUGACCAAUUACCGAACCCCGGACUGGAAGGGUGACAGACCAGCGCCCUAUUCUACCUUGGGGGUGGCAUAUGAGGUUCUACAUUAGUGUAAAAAUUGCGGACCCAGCGUCGUAGGAUGCCCGGUUCGUCAACCGACUGGCGCCGUGGUACAGAGAACCGACCAAGGCCCAGCAAAGCGACGACUUGCGAACGAAAGUAUGCGCCCACCCGCGCAGCCACCGGAAGAACCAUAAUGCUUGCAACGCCCCUGCCCAUUCACCGAAUUGAAGUUGUGGAUUAGCUUUAACUUACCACAGUGAUAUUCGAUGCGCCACAGAGACCCUCGAAAUCAAGCUGCAACAACUUACCAAAGUGCACCUUGAAUGAACGGACUGAAGAUCUGA